CCUUGACAGCAUUAUCAUUAUGUCUUUGGCUUCUGUGAAACUAUAAAUGCACCUCAAAUUAGACUUUAAUAUUUAUUUACACAGUACUACAGAAACACGACAGUAAUAUGAAUUAAAACAUUUAUGUUUUGUUGUUAGAUUAGGUAAUUAAUAAGUCGAAACAUCAAUCUGAAAUGGGACAUCGCCAUAGCAAAAACACAAAGAAGAAGAAAGAUAUAAAAGAGAAAAAAGAAGUUAAAUCAAAGUCGGUUGCACCAUCUAUUUCUUAUUUUACUUUGUACAGAUUUUCGACAAAAUUGGAUAAAUUUUUGAUAUCGAUAUCAAUACUAGCCUCUUUAGUUGCUGGAGUCACACUGCCAUACGCUAUAACUUUAGUGGCGAAUGUUUUUCAAAAUAUGAUCACGUACGACAAGGCAGUGCAAGCAGGCACACAAGAUGACGAAUUGUUCCUUUCUCAAAUGCACGAAUUUGGUGUUACAUACUCAUGUGUUGGUGUUCUACUCUUCAUUUGCGUGUAUUUGGGAUCUGCACUUAUGAAUGUUACGGCAAUAAAUCAGGUAUUUAAAAUCAGGGAAGAAUAUUUAACGGCAGCUUUAAAUCAAGAUUUUGCUUACUUUGAUAAAAAUCAAACAGGAGACUUUGCAUCGAAAAUGGCGGAUGAUGUAAUAAAAUUAGAAGAGGGCAUUGGUGACAAGAUUGCAGAUCGUCUAUAUAAAAAAGAAGCAGCAGAGACUGGUCGAGCUAGUUCCAUUGCACAGGAGGUACUGAGCUCUAUUCGGACAGUGUAUUCUUUUAAUGGACAGAAGAAAGAGUUAGAAAGGUAUAAGAAACCUCUGGCUGCAGCUAAGAAGGUUUAUAUACAAAAGGAAUUUUUCACAGGGCUCUCAAUGGCAUUCCUAUUUUUCUGUAUUUUCUGCUCCUACGCCUUAUCAUUCUAUUUUGGAAUUUACCUCGUAAUUAAUGACCCAGAAAACUAUAACGCUGACGUUAUGUUUUCGGUGCUAAAAGGUGUCAGUUUGACCGUGAAACGCGGGCAGUCUGUUGCUCUAGUCGGACAUUCAGGAUCUGGGAAGUCGACUAUAAUUCAGCUUAUAUCUCGAUAUUACGAUGUGGUCAGUGGUAGUGUGUGUGUGGAUAAUAUAGACGUGCGUGAGCUAUCAGUUCGAUGGCUGCGGUCUCAGAUUGGGCUGGUCAGACAAGAGCCGGUGCUCUUCAAUAACACGGUCCGCGAAAACAUUCGCUAUGGACGUGAGGACGCUACUGAUGCAGAGAUACAAGCCGCUGCAGAGCAGGCAAACGCUCACUUUUUUAUUAUAAAACUUCCCAAGGGCUACGAUACGCUGGUAGGAGAGCGUGGUGCGUCAUUGUCCGGUGGGCAGAAGCAACGCAUCGCGAUAGCUCGCGCUCUGGUCCGUAAACCUCGACUGUUGCUGCUGGACGAGGCCACAAGUGCGCUAGACACCGCCUCCGAAGCAAAAGUGCAGCUUGCACUCGAUAAGGCUGCGGAAGGUCGGACGACGCUGGUGGUUGCUCACAGGCUGUCUACAAUCCGACAUGUAGGUCUUAUAUACGUAUUCCAAGACGGAGAAGUAGUGGAGAGUGGCACCCACGAGGAGCUCAUGGCAAACAAAGGGCAUUACUAUGAGAUGGUGUCAAUACAAGAACCAGAUAAUCUUGCUGCUAGAGAAGAACAAACUGUAUUGAGAGAAGAAUCUGGGGCAUCAGAAGCCAGCAAAGAAGAACAAAUGGUUGAACCGCUGGAAGAAGACGACUCGGACAAAGUGCCCCAUAUCUCAUUCUGGCGCGUAUUGGCUAUGAAAUCACAGGAAUGGAAGUGGUUGCUGGCGGGUACUCUUUGUUCUAUAGUCAUUGGUUUCUCGAUGCCACUCUUUAUUCUGGUGUUUGGAGAUUUAUUUGGGUCUAUGUCAGAAUCAGAUCCAAAUAAAUUAAUGGACAAAGUAAAGAAAGUUUCCGUAAUAUGCAUACUCAUAGGAAUACUUAUGGGGACCUCAAAUUUGAUUGAAGCAAUAUCGUUCGGCAUCGCUGGCGCACACCUCACUGAAAGACUGCGGACACAGAUGUUCGAGCACUUGCUUCAACAGCACAUCGGAUUUUUUGACGAGCGACGCAACUCAACCGGCGCUUUAUGUGCCAAACUCUCUGCUGAGGCAGCUUAUGUACAGGGUGCAACAGGUCAGCGCAUCGGUACAUGUUUACAAGGUAUCGGCUCGGUCGGGCUGGCGUUGGUGCUUGCCAUGCUGUUUGAGUAUCGCUUGGGACUGGUCGCGCUUUGCUUCUUGCCCCUCAUUAUCUUCGUCGUAGUCCAACAGAUUAAAGCCACUAGAAGAGAAUCUUAUGGAAACGCUAAGGCUUUGGAAAGUAGCACUAAGAUCGCGAUAGAAGCGGUGUCGAAUGUGCGCACGGUUGUGUGUCUCGGUCGGGAGCGUAUGUUCGUCAGAGAGUACGUGAAACAACUGGCGCCAGCACUCGCCGACGCGAAGAGAGCCGCUCAUUGUCGCGGCCUCGUCAACGGACUGUCGCGCUCUAUAUUUAACUUCAUCAAUGCUGCUUCACUUACAUAUGGAGGACAUCUCAUAGUUUCAGAAGGAGUUGCUUAUAAAAAUAUUUUGAUAACCACCCAAUCGUUGCAAAUGGCGUCAGGUCAGGCGCAGAAUGCGUUUACAUUCACACCGGAGUUCGAGAAGGGUGUGAGUGCAGCCACUCGGAUCACAGUUCUACUUGAAUCCAAACCGGAAAUAAGUGAUCCAGCUACACCACUUGUCUCUCCUUUUAUAAAGAGAGGUAAAACAAUCGCUUUAGUGGGACGUAGUGGAUGUGGCAAGAGUACCGUCAUCCAGCUUUUGCAAAGAUACUACGAUCCUGAUUCCGGAGCCGUUUGUUUGGAUGGUAUUCCACUGUCGGGGUUGACUAUGUCGGAGGCUCGAGCGUGUUUCGGGCUGGUGUCCCAGGAACCUGUGCUCUUUGACUACAGUAUUGAGGAGAAUAUCGCGUAUGGGGACUACAUGCGCUCUCCGACUCAUCAAGAAGUUAUUGACGCCGCCAAGCAAGCUAACAUACAUAAUUUUAUCGUAUCUCUACCACAGGUAGUACAAGAAGCGUUAGACGCAGCUACUGCCGGACGUACUUGUAUAACUAUCGCGCAUCGGUUAAGUACUAUCCGUGAUGCCGACCUAAUCUGUGUGGUCAACAAGGGUCGCGUUGCUGAAGCGGGGACGCAUCAACAGCUUCUCGACCUCAAAGGACUCUAUUAUGAUCUCCAUGUAAACGCAAAAUAAACUAUUAUGAUAAAACCUCGUUUUAUUCUCACUCCAUUGUAUCAAAACAGUUGACUAAAUAGAUAGUUCAAGUGUGAAUCCGUAACUGAAACUUUUUAGUAGGACAAUCUCUACUGAGGUACAAACCAAAGAAACAUUCUUUAUGAAUGGGUAAGCACAGCAAACUAUUGUUUUUUAAAUGUUUAUUGUAUGUAGGGUAGAUACGUAAACAACAAAAUUAAAUAAAUCUAUUAUACUUCAAACCUUUAUUUCACAUUUUCGCUAAAAUAUGUGUAAUGUUGUGAAAGUUCAACUGAAACAAAAAGAAAAAGGUUCGUCAUAAAUUUAAUUUUUACACACACAACUUACAAAAAAUUCGUUUUUAAGUUGAGCAGUCGUA